AUGACGUCAUACACGGAUCCUAUGGCUUGCUCUCCCUUGGCUUCUCCUAGUCUGAAUGAUGCAGGGGCAGACAUGUGGCCAUCUUUCAGUAUCGAAGGAGAGACUUCCUAUCUAUCCUCGAGCAUGACAUCUUUGUACAGCCCUUCUGGCACAGACGUCCGAGCAAACUCGCGCCAUCCCAUUCUUCGCCUGAACACUACGAGUCUUAGACCACCUGCCUCUGCUCCUCGCAUAUCCCCUAGCACCGGCUUCUUCAAUAUCCUUCGAGCUCGUGAGCAACCCUUACGGAUGGGCAUCGCCCGAAGACUGUCAUACAACCUUCACACCCCAUCGCCGCCUACCCCUCCCAUGGGCGGUGGGGAUAGUGACAUGCCUCUAGCAUCCCCGUUCAUCAUUACCUCUCUCCGUCCUCAUCCGCCUUCUUCACCCAUUCCGACCAGACUAGAACAAAGGCCCCUUGGGACUCCCACCCCCCUGCGCUCUCCGGCGGAUGGGUCGAACUACUUCAGCGUUGUUUAG